AUGCAUAUCCAGAUUGCGAGCUUCUUCCUGGUACCGUUUACAAGACUGAUAGAACUUCCUAUCCGCCAGAUCGGCGAGACUGUCAACUCUCAAGCGCUUCGCCGUAAAGCCGUCCAGAUCGCCAUUGCGGGUGUGGCGUUGAUCCUGUUGAUUGGCGUGUCGUUUGUAGCGUACUUGUUGUUCUACUGGAUGUAUAUCCCGAGGCGUGGGCACGUUGGGCUUGUUCAUCUCCAGUACGAUCGGUUCAGGUCUUCGGGAGAGUAUUCAGGACCGUCUGCAGUUGUUGACUUUUCAAAGGGCGGACGUUACACUCAGAUCUUGCGCGGUGACCAGGCGUACGAUAUCUCAAUGAAGCUAGUGAUGCCUAGCUCGUCCUCUAACGUGGCGCUGGGGAACUUUAUGGUCAUGGCUCAGCUCGUUGGCGCCGACGGAAAUGUCAUCGUCACCUCCAGUCGUACCGCGAUCAUCACAUAUGAGUCCUUGUUACUUCGACUCAUACGAACCAUCUGGCGAGCAGUACCACUUGUCCUGAGAUGGACACGGGAAUCCCAAACAAUCCAGCUACCUCUGAUCGAGAACUUUGUCGAGUCUUCAUCCAACCCUGUCACACGGGCAUUGAUCGAGAUAUCUAACCCGGGGCUCCAGAUCUAUCGAACCACCCUUCACAUUGACGCCCACUUUCAAGGUCUGCGCUACUUCAUGUACUACUACAGAGUCUCGACAGCUCUCAUCUUCAUGACAUUCUUUGUAUUCUGGGAAAUCAUAUUCGGCAUCCUGGCCUGGCAAACCAUCUCAUCCUGGAUCGUAGGCCCAGUCACACAAGCGAUUACGGCCGUUCCACGACCUAUCCUGUACAACAACCACGAUAAUUUACCACCUAUCCAUCGGAAUCAGCUUCAGUUUCAACAACUCGCUCACUCUCUUUACGACACGGAUGAUGAGGGUGAAGGUGCGGACGACUACCUUGUCGUGAACAGGUCAAGUGAUGAGGAUGUCUUCGAUUUCACAAGUUCUGCUGCUACCUCGACCACCCCACGAACCACGGAAACGAAAAGCGCCAUCAGUGGCGGUAACAAUCAUACAUCUCAGCAACAACCGAUGACACAAGGCAGCAGCAGCAGGAGGAAGAGGAGGAUCGAACAAGAAGACUCAGACUCGACAGCCUCCGACGCAGAUUCGAUAUUCGACGCCAUCGUCCCGGAACAAGGCGAAGGCGGCAACUCUUCCAGUAUCGCACGUGUUCCAUCUGGACAACUGCGGUCAAGAAAGUCGUAA